UGGAGUCCACAGACAGGGGGAAGCCCUACGCCAGUGAGUACAGUGUCUCCGCCGUGGACCGCCGCCCCGACACACGGACGACUGGAAAACGCCCACAGACACCCAAGCAGCCUGUGAAGGACGCGUUGUAGUAGAAUUAAAGCAUGGCAGAUGUUUCUUUGAUCGAUUCGCCAGACGGGGACGUUGCCAACAGGUUUGCUCGCAAAGGCGCUUUGAGGCAAAAGAACGUCCACGAAGUGAAGAACCACAAGUUCACGGCCCGGUUCUUCAAGCAGCCGACUUUCUGCAGCCACUGCACGGACUUCAUCUGGGGAUUUGGAAAGCAAGGAUUUCAGUGCCAAGUUUGCUGUUUUGUGGUCCACAAGAGGUGCCAUGAAUUUGUCACAUUCUCCUGCCCGGGAGCCGAUAAGGGACCAGACACAGAUGAUCCCAGGACGAAGCACAAAUUUAAGAUCCACACCUAUGGCAGCCCGACCUUCUGUGACCACUGUGGCUCUCUGCUCUAUGGCCUCAUCCACCAGGGCAUGAAAUGUGACUCAUGUGACAUGAACGUUCAUAAGCAGUGUGUGAUGAAUGUGCCCAGCCUGUGUGGGAUGGACUUCACCGAGAGGAGGGGGCGAGUUUUCCUCAAGUGCGAGGUCAGCGCCGAGAAGCUGCAAGUGACAGUGAGUGAAGGUAAAAACCUGAUCCCCAUGGACCCAAACGGCCUGUCUGACCCAUAUGUCAAGCUCAAGCUCAUACCAGACCCUAAAAACGAGACCAAGCAGAAGACCAAAACCAUCCGAUCCAACCUCAACCCCAAGUGGAAUGAAACUUUCACCUUCAAGCUGAAGCCUUCAGAUAAGGACCGCAGGCUGUCCGUGGAGGUGUGGGACUGGGACCGGACAACCCGAAAUGACUUCAUGGGAGCGCUUUCCUUUGGGGUGUCAGAGCUCAUGAAGUCUCCAGUCUGUGGCUGGUACAAGUUGUUGUGUCAGGAGGAGGGCGAGUAUUACAACGUUCCCAUCUCGGAGGAAGACGAUGGAAAUGAGGAGCUGAGACAAAAGUUUGAGAAAGCCAAGCUGGGUCCUGGCAAGAAGGUGAUCACAGAGACUGACAACGGUCGCUCAAGCCACUUUUUAUCUGACAGCGUGGACCAGGUCAAGCUCAGCGACUUCUCCUUCCUGGCUGUGCUUGGUAAAGGCAGCUUUGGAAAGGUCAUGCUCGCAGAGAGAAAAGCCACCGAAGAGCUGUACGCCAUUAAGAUUCUCAAAAAGGACGUGGUGAUCCAGGACGACGACGUGGAGUGCACCAUGGUGGAGAAGAGAGUCCUGGCUCAGCAGAGUAAACCGCCCUUCCUCACUCAGCUGCACUCGUGCUUCCAGACAGUGGAUCGUUUGUACUUCGUGAUGGAGUACGUGAACGGGGGAGACCUCAUGUACCAUAUCCAACAGGUUGGAAAGUUCAAGGAGCCGCAGGCAGUGUUCUAUGCAGCAGAGAUCGCCAUCGGACUUUUCUUUCUUCACUCAAAAGGAAUAAUUUACAGGGAUCUCAAGUUGGACAAUGUGAUGCUGGACUUUGAGGGCCACAUAAAAAUCGCCGACUUUGGCAUGUGCAAGGAGAAUAUAUUGGAGGGCGUCACCACACGAACCUUUUGCGGCACCCCUGAUUAUAUCGCCCCAGAGAUUAUCGCAUAUCAGCCAUAUGGACGCUCAGUGGACUGGUGGGCAUAUGGUGUGCUGCUCUACGAGAUGCUUGCAGGACAGCCGCCAUUCGAUGGAGAGGAUGAAGAUGAGCUGUUCCAGUCCAUCAUGGAGCACAAUGUUUCCUACCCCAAGUCCCUGUCCAAAGAAGCCGUCUCCAUUUGUAAAGGGCUGAUGACCAAGCAUCCAUCCAAGCGCCUUGGCUGCGGACCUGAGGGAGAGCGUGACAUCAGAGAACACGCCUUUUUCAGACGCAUUGACUGGGAUCGUCUGGAGAACAGAGAGAUACAGCCACCCUUCAAACCUAAAGUGUGUGGCAAAGGUGCGGAGAACUUUGACAAGUUCUUCACCCGCACUCAGCCUCAGCUCACGCCUCCCGACGAGCUUGUCAUUGCCAACAUCGACCAGGCCGAGUUCGCCGGCUUCUCUUUCAUCAACCCGGAGUUCAUGCGCCCCUCGCUCAGCAACAGCGCCUGAAGAAACCAGGCGACCUCUUAACCCAUCUCCCCGCCCCAAACUGAAAACUGACCUGGCAUCAGUAAAAAUCAAGGCACACUAUUCACUUCGGCGGAUGUUUAAGGCAUGUUUUUGAGUUCUAAUAAGAAUAAUACCCUGCCGGUUUGGACCACACCUGCUGGUGGUUGGAGAAGGGGGCAUGCUGCGACUCAUUCUGACCUCGGUUCAGCUUUAGUUCUGUCUGUUUUUGUGAAGUAACUAGAGAAACAUCGCCACUCAAGACACAAAAGUCAAUAUCGAAGGGGGAAUGAAUUAUGUUUACACCGGGAAGAACAGGAACAGAUGACAUCGGUGUUCAGUUCAUAUGUAAAUGAAAGUACUUUCAAUCAAAUCUCCAAACGUGUGUACCACAGAGAUGCUUAGAAUCAUAGCCGAACUCAAAUGCAGUUGCCAAACAUGAAGGACAGAUGGGGCAGAUGUUGAAUCUUCCUGGUUCAAUGUUUUCCUGCAUCCCGUUUACACUUUCCUCUGUGCUGUUGUUCCAUGAAAUGAAAGUAUAGGGGUUAGAUGUUUCUUUGUUGUCAGUCAAAGCUGCCCUAGAACCACGUCCUCCACCUCCCAGAGCUGCAGAACCUCUCUCCUAUUAGUUCGAGCUUUCAUUUUGCCUUAAAGUUGACCCAGCAAGUUUACAGUCUGUCACUACUGGACAGUAGUCAGUGUUAUCGUCUGCCUGUGCGCGUCUGUAUUCCCACACUCGGCGGCAGGUUUGGGCCAUUUUCAUCUCUGCUAUCAUCAGAUUUCUCAGUAGAAUAAUCCACCCCUCCAGCGCACGUAUUUCUUGUACGUUGCCUAAAUUCUUCGUCUUGAGCUCAUGGCGUUCUCGACUCAUUCACCCAGGUGUAAAUAAUCACGGUUCAUUUCAAGGCUUGUUUUUGUAACAACUAAUGAAUGUUCUUUUAUGAAGUGAGGAGGAAGUGUGACACUGAAGUCCAGUCGACUGUCGUCGCCCUUCUUUUGCGCUCACGACUAAUGCGGUUUUGACUCUGCAUGCUGGAGGCAUCGGUCACAGGCAUGAUCGCUCACAUGCUGCAUGGAUGUGAAAAUGACUAUUUGUCCAAUGGGCAUUCGUCUGAAAUCUAUCAGGCCAAUAUGAGAAAAUGUAAAGGCCAUUAAUGAUUUAACAGAAUCAACUAGUCGGCUGAAAUGUGUUUUGCAUCGUUGUAAUGUCAGUGUAAUGAUUAACCAUUAAGGAACGCAUUGAAAUAUUGAGGUGUUCUUUAUUGAAUUUUGGAAUUAGCUCGUGCCAAAUGUUGGCUACGUUUGACGCCAGUUAACAUAAACAACCACCCAAGGCAGCGCACUGCAGCUGUCCACUUGUUAGAUCUGAUUCAGAGACCAUAAAUGAUUUCUUUCUUAACUUAUGCACCUGUUCCUACUUUAUAUAUGUUAUACAUGUCUUGUCCUUGUCUGGUGCUUUCUUGCUUUGGCUAUACUGUCACAUACAGGUGAUGCUAGCGCUAGCUGCAAUUGAAAUACUUCCUUACUUCAACAGAAUAUGGACCUAGUGUUUCACAAAAUCUCCAUUCAUCAAAAUACUGUGAGACUUGAUAAAAAAAAAAAAAACAAAACGUUGAACUCAUGAGAGGUUUUUAAUGAAUUAAUUUCAUUGUAAUAUUUGGCUCCCAAAUGCUCAAAUGUAGGUGGGAAGUGUCCGUUUCAUUGAGAGAUUGGCUGUUCCCCAUGUUCCCACUGACGGAAACUUUAUUCAUAAGUGUAUUGAUAUUCCCAAUUAACCUCCUAAUGUCCCAGCCUUCAAAAUACGUAUGUCCAAAAGGGAGCACUAAGUAAAAAGAUUUUUUAAAUUCUCUAAAACUCCACAUCAUCUGUGAUAGUGUUGUGUGCUUGGCUACUCUCUCCAGACUUCAGAGCCCAAAGUAAAGCACAAGUCAACAGAUCAAGAAGUGUUCCCAGGUCAGGAAGAGAGGGUCGUAAUCUUUCACCCAUCCUGCCAGUCUGCGCCCACUAAUGCUAUAACUACGACUCACUCUCAUGAAGCAAGUGUCGUCUCAGAUUCCUAUACCAACUCAAGUGGCCACUCUAUUUAUGAAGCAGAAGUUUAAGAUGUUGUGGCUCUGUAUAUGAUUUUUAAAUGUACUUUUAGCAUGGUCAAAAAAUGAACCUCCAGAUUUAGAAGCUUUUUAUCACACCGAAUCUUCAUAAUGAAUCGAGUCAUGAAUCGAUUUUUCUCUCGGGACGUGCCGUCCUGAGACAGUUUAUUUUUUGUUUGUGAUGUGACGCCAUCUGUUCGACCUCCCCGUGCCGCUGAAAUGAAUGUUGUCGACAAUAUCAACUGGGCGAAGGAAGGGAUUGUUUAAAAGAACCCGACCUCCACCUCCCCCCUCCCUCUUGUCCAAUCCAAAUUGCCCCCCCCAUUCUCCUGAUGACAUGUUACUAAGGAGCCAUAUGUGAUAAGUGUUUUUACUUUGUUUACAUUUAAUUCGGGUUUAACCUUUGUGUAUGUCGGUCAAAUAAUGAAGUAACUUAUGUCAUGGAGUGGAUGUAACUUUUCAGAAAGCAAACAUAUGUUUACUCUUCUUUUUUUUUUUUUGGCGGUUCUUAGACUAGAGCUCUCCUCUACAUGUGCUUCGCAUCGUGUCCCUUCAGCCGCGCUCUGUCCGCCUCACUCUAGGUCACCUGAAUGGAACAGAGCGACAAGAUCAAUCAUGUGCAGGAAUGCCUUAUCUCCUCACCCUGGCAGUAACUCGGUGUCUUACUCUCCUGUCUGUGCUUACGUACCCUCCCCCCCCUCGUCCGUGUACAUAAAUAGUUGUCGGCAUAGAUUAUAAUCAAAGGAAUAUAUUGUAUUUUGCAAAAAUGGUGUUUGUUAUCUUCCCUCGUCGGCCUGAAACCUUUAAACUGAGUCUCAGCUUCUUACCUUGUAUCUAAUAGUGUCAUUUGUACUUAAUGUACCAUAAUUCAAAU